UUUGUUGCGUCUUCCUAAAUUUAAUAACAGACAGGCCGCAUUAACCAAUCAGAAGCUUUUACAGAGAUUCUAUCAAGGCGCAACGCUGAAUUAGCCAAUCAACGAUGAGAGGAGGCGGGGCGUGAUUGCGCAGCCGCUUGCUGCCGGGGAAACGGGCUGCGGAGGGUUGUACUGUCUUUUACCGGUGGACUAAAAACUCCCGCCAUUUCGUCUAGGAAUUAACCUCUUGUUUGAUUGAAAAUACUUUCUUGCAACACUUGCCGUUAGCUGGGAAUGGAAAACUUAGGACAGAAUCAGCGGUGAUUGUUUAAACGUGAACAAGUGUUUUGCAGAUACUUUUUAAGGACUAUAUAGCGAUAGAGGGCUACAGUCGGACUAGUCUGUAGCAGUUUGCCGCGAGUUUGAUGUUCGCAUUUUUUGUGUUUACCUGAAGGAACUGAAAGUUUAGCAACCGUCUCGGUGGACAAUUCUGUUAACGUGAUUUUCAUCUCAAGACGCUACGUCAAAUUAGCACGCCAUCGCUGCCAGAGAUGCAGAGAAUGAUGCGAUGAAAUUGGUGGCGAGGAGCGUACUGUUAUUGUUUUGCAACGACAUAGCAAUCCAAUCUGCUACCGGGCCUGCCGGCGGUAACGUGGGUCGUGCUAUCGGUUGGUAGAGAUAUUACGAGCACUUGGAUACAUGCUAAGGAAACACCGCCGUCUUAUAUUGUACUAGUUUGACGCUCUAAAGUCCAUUUUACUUCUGGCACUUGUGCCGACUUUGAAUUCGCCAUGGCACCGCUUUUGGGCCGGAAACCGUUCCCACUGGCUAAGCCGUUAGCCGAGCCACCAGGCCCGGGAGAGGAGGUCUACAUCAUCGAGCACACCAAGGAGGCCUUCAGGAACAAAGAGGAGUAUGAGACGCGUUUGCAGAGGUAUGAUGAACGCAUCUGGACAUGCAAGAGCACCGGAAGUCUCCAGCUCACUCACAAAGAAGCAUGGGAAGAGGAACAAGAAGUCACAGAACUGCUUCAGGAAGAGUACCCUCCUUGGUUUGAAAAGCCUGUCCUUGAGAUGGUGCACCACAACACAGUGUCCUUAGACAAACUGGUUGAAAUGGCCUGGUUGGAAAUCCUCACCAAGUAUGCCGUGGGUGAAGAGUGUGACUUCCUGGUGGGGAAAGACCAAAGUUUGCGUGUGAAAGUGAUGAAGGUUCAUCCUUUAGAAAGUCCUGAGACUGAAGCAGGUGAGAAGAAGCUGGAAGGAGCUUGUGACUCCCCAUCUAGCGACAAGGAGAACUCCAGCCACGAGAACCAAAGGAAGGAGCCUCCACCCAGAGAGGAGGAGAGCAGGAGGGAGAGUUUAAGUGACAGAGCACGGCGCUCUCCAAGGAAAUCUACCACCGCUAUGAAAGAAGAGAAGAAGAAAUGGGUGAUGCCCAAAUUCCUGCCUCACAAGUACGACGUGAAGCUCAUCAAUGAGGACAAGGUGAUCAGCAGUGUCCCUGCAGACAGCCUCUACAGGACAGAGCGUCCUCCAACCAAGGAAAUCGUGCGGUACUUCAUCAGGCACUAUGCUCUGAGGGUGGGUAAUGGAGAAAGCGCUCCCUGGGUGGUUGAAGACGAGCUGGUGAAAAAGUUUAGUCUGCCCAGCAAGUUCAGCAGCUUUCUUCUUGAUCCGCACAAGUUUCUGGCAGAAAAUCCCUCCACUAAGCGUAAGAGCGUGACAUCCCCCGAAGGCAAAUCCAGCAAGAAGGUUAAGACGGGCGACACUCCCGGAGAAGACUCUGGGAAUGGGAAGGGAGAGAAGAGGAGGAAAAAGAAGGAUUCUCUGAGUGUACCUCUCAGUCCCACCAUAUGGGGUCAUAUGCAGAAAAUCAAAAUGAACGGCUCUCCACUCAAGGUGAAGAACUCUGGAAGUCCAAAGAAAGAAGGAAAGGGAUCAGCCCCCUCCACUCCAAAAUCUGCCAAGAAGCUGGGCGACAAAAAAGAGGGAAAGAAAAGUGGGAAAAGUGGCGAUAAGAAGCUCAACGUCCUCAAAGCCUCCCAGAAAGAUGAUAAAACUGGUGGUAAGACGCCGAAGAUGAAGCAGAUGACUCUGCUACAUCUGGCUAAGGGCACACCUGCAGGGAGUCCUAAAAAGAGAGCUCGCAGUGGGAGCCUGGGCACUCCCAAACUUGGAAAACCGCUGCCCCCUAUGGCUCUGCAUCUCCUCCGUUACUACAAGGAGAACAAGGACAAGGAGGAUAAGAAGAACCCACUUUCUUCCCUCAUAUCAAAAGCUGCAAAGGCGUUAUCCACUGAGGACCGGGAUCGCCUGCCAGAAGAACUGAGAGAGCUGGUAAAGAAGCGUUGGGAGCUCCUGGAACAGAAGAGGCGCUGGGCAGCCAUGAGUGAUGCAGAAAAGGAGGUGGAGAUGAAAAAGAGGCGCGCAGAACUCAAAGAGAAACUGCGAGAAAAGGCCAAGGAGAGGCGAGAGAAGGAGCUGCUCAUCCGCCGAGAACAAUCGCGUAGAUAUGAAGAUCAAGAGAUCGAAGGAGGGAAGACACUGCCCACAUUCAAGCUGGUGGACAUGCCUGAAGGGAUUCCCAACACCCUGUUUGGCAGCGUAGCGAUGGUUGUUGAGUUCCUCCACUGCUACGCGGGCCUUUUGAUGCCCAAUGAUCAGUAUCCAAUCACAGCGUCGUCUCUGAUGGAAGCACUGGCAGGAGACCGAUGCGGUUUCCUCUACCUGAACCGUGUGCUGGUGGUGCUGCUCCAGACGCUGCUGCAGGACGAGCUGGCCGAAGGCUACGGUGAGCUGGACAUGUCCCUGUGGGAGAUUCCUCUCACCAUGCAUUCGGCGUCAGAGCUGGCGCGGUUGUGCCUGAGGCCGUGCGACGCUCACGAAGAGAGCGGCCAGGGAUCGGAGAAGUCUGGAGGCGUGGGUGACUUUGAUGACGUGGUGAGCAGCGAGUUCCUGGAGAAGCUAGAAACUGUGGAGGUGUUUGAGCUGAGCCCAGAGGAGAAGGUGGAGUUGUUGGUGGCUCUGUGCCACCGCAUCCUCAUGACUUACUCCGUGGAAGACCACGUCGAGUCAAUGCAGCAGCGCUCCGCCGAGCUCUGGAAGGAGCGCCUGGCUGUGCUGAAGGAGGCCAACGACCGCAAGAAAGCUGAGAAGAAGAUGCGCAAGGAGAUGGAGAGCAAAAGUGAAAAGAAAAAAGACGGGGGUGCUAAAAAGGACAUCAAGAAAGAAGUGAAGGUGGAGCCGGAGCCUGAGGACAUGAUCAGCUCAGUGAAGAGCCGGCGGCUGAUGACUCAGCAGGCUAAGAAGGAGAAGGAGGAGCUGGACAGACAAAAUAAAGAGCGAAUGGAGAAGGAGGCAGAGGAGGAGCGGAUGCGUAGACAGAGAGCGGCUGCAGAGAGGGCCUUUCAGGAUGGAAUAACCAAAGCCAGACUGGUGAUGCGUCGGACUCCUCUUGGUACAGACAGAAAUCACAACAGAUACUGGCUUUUCUCUGACGUGGUUCCUGGCCUGUACAUCGAGAAGGGCUGGGUGCACGAAAGCAUCGACUACAACUUCACUCCUCUGCCGGAGGAGGAGAAAACAGCUGAGGCUGAGCCUGAGGAGGAGGAGGAGGAGGAGGAGGAGGAGGAGAACGAGGCAUCUGCCUCAGCUGAUUCACAAGGAGUGGAAAAAGAUGAUGGGAGCGUCGAUGGUGCUGUAAGUGAAGGAGCCCAGCAGGGGGCAGCACCAGACAUUUGUAUUGAAACUACUGUUCCCAAACAAGGGCAGAACCUUUGGUUCGUUGUAGACAGCCCAGCUGAGCUGGAAGAGCUGGUGGAAAGUCUUCAUCCUCAAGGCGUCAGAGAGAGCGAGCUCAAGGCUAAUAUCCAGAGCAGGUACCAGGACAUCCUACACUCCAUCCAUUUGACCCGCAAGGCCAAAACCAGCCUCCGUGCCUGUGAUGGUUACACAGAGCUGCUCAAAUAUCUACGCAGUGACAUCCAGGAAGUCUCUUCCAGACUCCAAAAGGGAGGUCUGGGAUACUUGGAUGACAACAUGGACAUUGAAGACAAGCUGAAUGACAUGGAGAGCUUGAAGGACUUCGGUGAGUGCAUCAUCACUCUUCAGGCCUGCGUCAUCAAAAAGUUCCUGCAGGGGUUCAUGGCUCCCAAGCAGAAGAAGAAGAAGAAGCAAGGAGGUGAAGAGGGCAGCAAGACGGAAGAGGUGGAUGAGGAGAAGAGGCUCGCAGUAGAAGCCAGGGUCGCUACGGCGGUGGAGAAAUGGAAGACGGCCAUCAGGGAGGCUCAGACCUUUUCCCGUAUGCAUGUGCUGCUGGGAAUGUUGGACGCUUGCAUAAAGUGGGACAUGUCCGCUGAGAACGCUCGUUGCAAAGUGUGUCGCAAGAAAGAGCUCAAGCUGAACCCAUCUUUGCUGAAGCUGAAGGAGGUUAGGACCAGAUCCAGACAGGGAAGCAGAAGCAGCAAGCUCAGAGCAGUAAAGGCUAGAUUUGUCAGGCAGGUCUACGUACAGAGUCGUCUGCUCCGCCAGCCAACAGGUGACGAUGAGAAGCUGAUCCUGUGUGACGAGUGCAACAAGGCCUUCCAUCUGCUCUGCCUGCGUCCGGCUCUGUACCGCAUCCCUGCAGGGGAGUGGCUGUGUCCAGCCUGCCAGCCCACAGUCGCCAGGAGGGGCUCCCGCUCCAGGAAUUAUAAUGAGGAUGAAGAUGAAGAGGAGAGCGAAGAGGAGUCUGAAGAUGAGGGCUCUGAGGAAGAUGAGGAGGAUGAAGAGGAGAAUGACUACAAAGCCAUGGGACACAGCUUGAGGCCGAGGAAGAAAACCAAGCAGUCUUCAUCUCGGCCUAAAAGCGGUAAAAGUAAAGCCAAGAGGCAGGCGUCCUCCAGCAGUCAGAGCAGCAAGCAGAGAGCCGGCCCCAACAGCCUCGCAGACAUCGACGAGCUAGUGCGACAGAGUUCUCAGACAGGAAUGAGACGGCAGGUGAUGGAGCUGGAGAGGUGUGAGGAGAUCCUCAAGAAGCUGAUGAAGUUUCGUUACAGUUGGCCCUUCAGGGAGCCGGUUUCCCCCAAAGAGGCAGAGGACUACCUGGACAUCAUCUCUGAGCCCAUGGACUUCCAGACGAUGCUGAGCAAGUUUAGCCAGGGCUCGUACCGCCACGCUCAGGAUUUCCUGGAAGACAUGAAGCUGGUUUUCUCCAAUUCCGAAGUGUACAACCAGCAGGGCAGCACCGUGCUCUCCUGCACCGUCAAGACGGAGCAGAUGUUUGUGGAGCUGUUCCAGAAGCUGCUGCCCGGCCUCAGCUACCUCCGAAGGCACUCCCGCAAACGCAUCAGCCGAGCACCUCCUUCCUCUGAGGAGGAAGAGGAGGAGGAGGAAAAUGAUGAUGAGCAGGAGGAAGAGGAGCCGCCAAAGAAGAUGCAAAACAGAAAAUCGAACAGGAGCCGAAAUAGUCGAUGCCAGAAAGACGAGGUGAGCGAAAGCGAGGAUGAAGAUGAGAAUGAUUGUGAUGAGGAUGAGGAGGAAGACGAUGAGGAGAGUGACAAGAGGAGAAGUAAGAGGACCACAGUCACCUCAGGCAAGAAGAAUUACAGGGAGCAGGACAGCGAUGGUGAGCGGGACACCAGGAGAAUCCGUAAGCGGGGGAGCCGGGCCAACGCUGGGGGGGCGAGCAGCGAUGAGGAGAGUGGCAAGAGGAGAAGUGAGAGGACCACAGUCACCUCAGGCAAGAAGAAUUACAGGGAGCAGGACAGCGAUGGUGAGCGGGACACCAGGGGAACCCGCAAGCGGGGGAGCCGGGCCAACGCUGGGGGGGCGAGCAGCGAUGAGGAGCGGUCCAACCAGCAGCGACAUUCCAAGAGGCAGAAACGCUCAUGAGGUCCAGGGAGCUGCUUUAGUCUGUUUCCUUUUGCUUUAAGAACGUCUGUCCCAGUCCUCAGAGAAACAACCACGAGCCCUUCUCCUCCUUGUUUCCUCCUCCCACAGCCAGCAGGACUCAAUCCUCAGAAUGACUUUUUGUGUUAAUUAAUUUGUUCACAUUUUGCAAAACGAAAGAAAACUGAUUUAUAUUUGUAACAUGUUAGUAUUGGUGACUUGUUUUCCACCAAGAAGAAUGAGACAUUUGCUAAGACAAAUUCCUCCAAGCUCUUGAAGCUCCAGAACUUUAAGUUAAAAACGGCUUGCUAGAAGAUGCAAGCCUACCCUUGGUUAAAUGGGGUUUGAUUUAGUAUUUUUCAGCCUGGGUUCAAAUUUAAAGUUAAAUUCUCAAACAUGUAGUCUACAAACCAAAAAACUUCAGGCUCACAGAGCUGUCAGCCUCUUUCUUCCUCUGUAGUGGCUUACCACUUUAAAAAACAAAGCAACCAAAUCCUGGUACCUCAGAUACUCUUCUCAUGUCAAGUGCACCUAUUGUUGCCAGCAGCUGCAGGACCAGACUUUAUAUGAUGUGCAUAGAAACGUGUGAACAGUAUUUAACACCAGUGAUAUUUGUCUGAAAAGUGGGCAUUUAUGAAUAUUUGAUGGGUUCUUUUUUUUUUUUUUUUUUUGCACAUUUUAUUUGCUAUUGUUAAUAACAACUUGUGCGUGAGCCUUUAAUGACAUCCAGUAAAUUCACAGACAACACAUCUGGCUUGUUAAGCCCUCACACUGCAGUAGUGUGCACAACAAACAUAGAACAGGUUCUGUCACCAGGGGGCGCCCUACUCCUGCACUUCAAUGAAUAAGUGCUGCAAGUGUACACAAACUAAUGUUCUUACAUGGGACAUCACCCUCUGAGCGUAGAGAGGAUAUUUUUCUGAUUCUGCACCUGUGUUUGUAUAUAAUUGUGUAUACUGAUGAGGCUCUCCCUCUACGGUGCUGUUUGUUUCACCUGUGCUGUUAUCGCUCACCUUUCUGGUUCCAUUUGGCCACCAGCUGUUCUCUGAUCAGUUUGUUAUAUAAAGUUAAAUUUGGCAUCAUUGCCUCCCCCCCAACAUGGUAAAGACUGUCAUGUUCUUUAUGGUAAGAGCAAGCAAAAGGCUCGUCUCUGAACCUCAUCCAGCUGUAGAUGCUUUCUUUAUUCUUGGGGGAAACAGCAAAAUGCUUUUACACUUUUUUAGAUAUAUACAUAUAUAUAUUUAUAGUCUAAAGCUGGGUUUGGGCAGGUUGGAGGUUUCUUGUGUAAAAAGAAAAUCCUAUAAAGGUUCUGGUUAGAGACCAUAGUUUUUCCUGAUUUGUUUGUGCAGAGCUGAUGAGGGUCCCCGGGUCAGAUCAGACCGACACAAAUCACUGCCAUCGGUAAAUUAUGGGAGGAAAACGGGUUAGCCUUGAUGACCGACUUAUGUCUUCUUUACUUUUUAAUAAAAAUAUCCAAACAGUU